GGAAGCUUUGGGCCGCGCGCGCGUGCUUUGCUCGCCAUGGCGGCCGCUAAGAGACCUUUGGAGUUCGAUGCCAAGCGGCCCUGGCUCUCGGAGGAAGGAAUAGACGAUCCGGACGAGGACGACGAGGAUGAUAACGAUGAAGCCGAGGAUGGGUUCUCCCUGGAGGAAGUGUUACGGCUCGGAGGCACCAAGCAAGAUUACCUUAUGUUGGCUACUUUGGAUGAGAAUGAGGAAGUGGUGGAUGGAGGCAAAAAAGGAACAAUUGAUGAUCUUCAGCAGGGUGAAUUGGAAGCAUUUAUUCAGAAUCUUAGUUUGGCCAAGUAUGCAAAAGCUUUCUCAAUUGAAGAAGAUCAACCAGCUAAAAAAGAAGGUGCCAGCAAAAAAGAAGCAAGAAUAUCUAAAGUUAAUAAUAAAAAGCAAAAUGCAGCAGAAAAUGAAAGUGAGGUGGAAAAGAAGAAGAGGCCAGAACAACAUUCAGAUGAGAACAGCAGUGCCAAAACAAAAGCAAAGAGAGAUAAGCAACAGGACAUCUUUGAAUUUUUUGAGAGGCAGACAUUGUUAUUUAAGCCUGGAGGCAAAUGGUAUGAUCUGGAGUAUAGCAGUGAAUAUUCUCUGGAACCCCAGCCUCGGGACCUUGUGUCUAAGUACAAAACCUUGGCUCAGAAGUUGUAUGAACAUGAAAUCAGUUUAUUCAAAAAUAAGACAAAUAAUCAAAAGGGAGCCUCUUCUACCUGGAUGAAGGCAAUUGUGUCAUCAGGGACGCUAGGUGACAGAAUGGCCGCCAUGAUUCUUCUUAUUCAGGAUGAUGCUGUUCACACACUCCAGUUUGUAGAAACUCUCCUGAACCUUGUUAAAAAGAAGGGCAGCAAACAGCACUGCCUCAUGGCUUUGGAUACUUUCAAAGAGUUACUCAUUACAGACCUUUUGCCAGACAGCCGAAAGCUACGGAUUUUCAGCCAGCAUCCUUUCAACAAACUAGAACAGUUGUCCAGUGGCAACAAGGACUCAAGAGAUAGAAGACUCAUAUUAUGGUAUUUUGAACACCAGCUGAAACACUUAGUGGCUGAAUUUGUGCAAGUCUUAGAAACUCUAAGUCAUGACUCAUUAGUAACCACCAAAACUCGAGCCCUUGCAGUGGCUCAUGAGCUUCUUUGUAACAAACCUGAGGAAGAAAAGGCCUUUCUUGUGCAGGUGGUAAAUAAACUCGGAGAUCCUCAGAACAGAAUAGCCACCAAAGCGUCCCAUCUGUUGGAGACAUUGCUUUGUAAACAUCCCAAUAUGAAAGGAGUUGUGUGUAGUGAAGUAGAAAGACUGCUUUUCCGCUCAAAUAUCAGCUCCAAAGCCCAAUAUUAUGCAAUUUGUUUUUUAAAUCAAAUGGCCCUGUCCCAUGAAGAAAGUGAAUUAGCUAACAAAUUAAUAACUCUCUAUUUUUGUUUUUUUCGGACUUGUAUCAAGAAAAAGGAUAUUGAAUCAAAAAUGCUCAGUGCCCUCUUAACAGGAGUGAAUAGGGCAUAUCCCUAUGCCCGGACUGGUGAUGACAAAGUGAGGGAGCAGGUUGACACGCUGUUUAAAGUGCUGCAUGUCGUGAAUUUUAAUACCAGUGUGCAGGCUUUGAUGUUGCUCUUUCAGGUAAUGAAUUCUCAGCAGACGAUAUCAGAUCGAUAUUACACAGCCUUGUAUCGGAAGAUGCUGGAUCCGGGGUUGAUGUUGUGUUCUAAGCAAGCCAUGUUUCUUAACCUUGUCUACAAGUCUCUGAAAGCUGACAUUGUGUUGCGGAGGGUGAAGGCUUUUGUGAAGAGGUUACUUCAAGUUACGUGUGAACAGAUGCCACCGUUCAUAUGUGGAGCUUUAUAUCUCGUGUCUGAGAUCCUUAAAGCAAAACCAGGUUUAAGAAGUCAACUAGAUGAUCAUCCGGAAUCUGAUGAGGAAGAAAAUUUUAUUGACAUAGAUGAUGAAGAGACAGGAAAAUUCACUGAUGCAAAUAAAGAAACAGAAACAGAUACCGUAGGAACAGUUGAGAUGGAAGAAACUGUGUCUGAAAGUCAUGUGGAAACCAAAAUGUUAGCGUCUGCUUCUUGGGUGCACUUUGAUAAUUUGAAAGGUGGCAAACAGUUAAACACAUACGAUCCAUUCAGCAGAAACCCUUUGUUCUGUGGAGCUGAAAAUACAAGUCUCUGGGAACUCAAAAAGCUAUCUGAGCAUUUUCAUCCCUCUGUGGCCCUUUUUGCAAAGACUAUCCUUCAGGGAAAUUAUAUUGAGUAUUCAGGGGAUCCACUACAGGAUUUCACACUAAUGAGGUUCUUGGAUCGAUUUGUAUACCGAAAUCCAAAGCCACAUAAAGGCAAAGAAAAUACAGACAGUGUUGUGAUGCAGCCAAAAAGAAAACAUUUUAUGAAGGAUAUUCGUAGUCUUGCUGUUAACAGUAAGGAGUUCCUUGCAAAAGAAGAGAGCCAAAUACCAGUGGAUGAAGUGUUUUUCUACAGGUAUUAUAAAAAAGUUGCUAGUGUUAAAGUGAAACAAAAACGGAAUGAAGAUGAAGAAAGUGUAGAAGAUGUGGAUGAUGAGGAAUUUGAAAAGAUGAUUGACACAUUUGAAGAUGAUAAUUGUUUCACCUCUGGAAAGGAUGACCUUGACUUUGCUAGCAACAUGAAGAAGAAAGCAAAAGGAGCUAAGGAUGACUCAGAAGAUGAAGAUUCAGAAGAUGACGACCUUGAUAAUUUGGAUGAUGAUGAAGUCUCCUUAGGAAGUAUGAACGAAGAAUUUACUGAAAUUGAGGAAGAUGGAGGAACGUUCAUGGAUGUGUUAGAUGAUGAAAAUGAGGGCAUUCCAGAACUUGAUGAAGUCAGCUUCAAAGUCAGCAGUAAGAAAAGCAAGAGGAAAGAUGCGAGUGAUUUUGACUUUGCUGGGUCAUUUCAAGGACCGAGGAAAAAAAAAAGAAAUUUCGAUGACUCCAGCCUGUUUGUAUCUGCUGAAGAGUUUGGCCACCUGUUGGAUGAAAAUAUGGGAUCCAAGUUUGAUAACAUUGGCGUGAAUGCCAUGGCUAACAAAGAUAAUGCAAGUCUCAAACAGCUUAGGUGGGAGGCUGAGCGCGAUGACUGGUUACACAACAGAGAUGUGAAAAGCAUCAUCAAGAGGAAGAAAAAUUUCAGAAAGAAGAGGCCAAAAACCACUCAAAAAAUUAAAAAGCAAAGAAAAUGAGUGUUUUCUAAGUAAACUAGAAGUUAAAAUUCUACUUACUCCUAAUUUUUGCUGUUCAGCCAUUUUUCUUGAUCUUGCUCUCUGAUUCCAUACAUUCCAGAGUACUCAAUGGAUUUGUAAUAAACUAUAAGUUAAAAAUAACUGUCAUUUCUAAAAUCAUGUAAAAGUGUUAAACUAUACUGAGGGAAAAAAUCAAGCUUUUUUCCUUUAUUUCUACAUAGUAAAAUGAAAAAAAUGACAGCAGGAUACAUACGUUGUGUAUAAGUGCUAGCAUCUCUACUAAUCAUUGUAAUGAAUGCUAUAUACUAAGCAUUACUUUAUACUAGAUACUGUGUGAAGUAAUUACAUGAUGUCAUCUUGUUUAAUCCUUACAACAAUUCGUGAGAUGGGCAUUAUUAUCUCUACUUGAAGGAGAAAGAAAAAGCUCCAAGAAGUUAACAAACUAAAGGUUGGUUUUAAGUCUGAAGCUGUGGUUUGAUUCCAUCACCCUCAGAUAUGUCUCAUUCCAAAGUCUACAUUCUUAACCCACUGGAUGAAUUAAGAAUCCAGCCCAUUAGCUGGAUUAACCCAUUGGCUAACUGGGAUGAGAAUUUUCUCCGCUGUGUUCUCAGAAGGAGUGAAAAUAGAGAUGAAUAGUACUUUUAGAAAUUGACAUCACAAAAUUAAAAAAUCAUUUAGCCCUUAAUUGGUCAUAAAGAAAUAAUUUAUUAAAGGUUACCUGAAGUUUUUUGUACUCUUGAUUUUACCUAAGGAAAAACAUACCUUCCAAGAUGAAGGGGAAUUUCGUGCUCAUUGUUUGCCUGAAAUCUAAUGAAAAAAGUCUUAAAAUUAGGCAUAAUUAGAAAUUCAUUGUAUUAACACAUGGAGCCAUAAUUUAGUGCUAGCUUUAGGGUCUAUAACAUAGGAAUUCUAUAAAUUAGAAAUUUGUGUUAAAGUCCUUCCAGGAGCUAUAACUUUUUAAUUAGGGUCUGAAUUUGCACAUACCUUAUAUGUAGCCUUCAAUAGUUAUUUUGGAGUUUUUCAAACUUGGCCUAUAUAUAUAUGAUGUAAUUUAUUUCAAAAUGGUAUUUAAAAGCAAACUUUCAGUGUUAAUGUGAAAUUCCCUUGUGUAAUUUUAUAAAUUGUUCUUAUGGAUGCCAUUUUAUCUUGUUAGAGAAUAAGAAAUAAGACUGUACUACACCCAAUUUUUGAAGUUGAUCUCAAACUUAAUUUGCUUUUAAAUACUGUUUGGAUGUUUUGUUUUAUACCCUUCCAUCCUUUAAGAAGACAAAUGACAAGUUUCAAAAAUGGCCGCCACCCCAGGGCUGCUAUUCCCUGCUUUAGGGAAAGAGAAAUAGCACUUCCUGAUUUUAAAAGUUGAGGGUUCUAAUAUAAAAUGUACCCUACAGAAUGUCAAAGCACUUUCGGUGAUGGCCAGUAGCAUGGGAAAGGCUUUUAGUGCCUGUAUUGAUGCACAGGAAGAACUCUGCUAGCCUGAGAAACUGGUUACUUGACAAUUUAGCUCUACUACCUCCUGAAUUCUCAGUCUGCCAAACCGUGAGGUGUAACGGGCAGGCUGGAUUGUUUCCAUCUGUACUCCCAAAGUAAGGCCACUGCUCUAUGCCUCCCAUUAGUAAAAUUCAUGGAAGUAUGAAAUACUUUCCCUAGUCUAUAAACAUUAACUUUUGGGGGGGGGGAGGGAAGAGUCAUUUAUUUUAUCAUAAUCAACAGCUAUCUUCUUCCCCUUGUGCCCAUAAAAUGCCUAAUACGUUGAAUCUGAAGAAUCAGUUUUUCUAAAAACAUUUAACCUAAAGCACAUUAGCAAACUGUACACCCCCCCCGCCACAAAACACUAAUUUCCAAAUUAUGAUUACCUUGGCU